UGUGUCUUCAUCUCACUUGUCUCUCAUUUUCACAACCUCUUCAAUCAGCCUUAGGCCGCUUGUUUUUUUAUUUAUGUCUUCUUUUGCCCUAUUCCAUGCUCCCUACUAUUAUAUAACUAGCUAAACCCCAACUCUUCCUCUUCCCAUUUUUAGCUUCUUGAGCUUUUAAGAUCUCGGCUGAAUAAGAAAAGGAAAAAAAAUAUGAUCAAGUUGAAGUCUAAGAGGUUUUGCAGAGGCAGCUUUAAGUUUUGUAGUGGUGGGAAUGGUAGCAAUGGUAAUGUAAAAGGUGGUGAAAAGGGAUGUGGAAACAAUAAUAAUGUUAGUGAAAUCAAAUGGGAACUCAGGCCUGGUGGCAUGCUUGUUCAAAAGAGAGAAACUGGUGGAAGUGUUGGAGAAGGGGUGAUCACUGUCAGAGUCUCAACUGUUUCUCAUUGGCAUGAUAUUUCCAUUGAAGCAACUUCCACUUUUGGGGAGUUGAAGUUGAUUUUGUCAUUGGUAACAAGUUUGGAGCCAAGAGAGCAAAGGCUAUUAUUCAAAGGGAAAGAAAGGGAAGAUGAUGAAUAUUUACACAUGGUUGGUGUUAGAGACAAAGACAAAGUGCUUUUGCUAGAAGAUCCAGCUAUCAAGGAAAUGAAGCUUCAUAGAUUGGCAGGAACCCAACAGAUUGGCACUGCUUACCACACCAUAAGUGUAUGACAUUACUAGUUAAAAACAAUAUGAUUGUACUCACUAACCACCAAAAAAGAAAAUGCUAAAAUAUAUGGUGAAGUGUUUUUUUUUUUAUUUUUUUUUAUUUUUCACUUGAUUAGAUUAGGGCACUUGGUUGUGUUAGAACUACAUAAUUUAAUCUGA